GGGCAGAGCCUGUGAGCAACAUAGGAACGCUUAGAAAAUCCUGCCAAAUAAGCUCCUCUGCCUCGAGAGAGGGAAACUCGACAGGUUGAGCCUCUACGACAGUAGACUGUCGCCCUUCUGUCGUCUCAUCCGUUUUUUGUUGUUGCACUCACUGGUUGAGUGCACCGAGAGACUGAGGGGGAUUUUUAUUUUUUUUGUAUACACUUUUCUCUCCGCUUUUGUUUUGUAAACCGUGGAACCGUGGCGGCCUUUUCAGUAGCACGGUGCAAGGACCAGCUCCACUCACCAAAGAUGAGCCGCUGGCUGAAAUGCACCUCCAUGCACUUUAAUACAGACUGGAACAAAUAUGAUGAUCGGCUGAUGAAGGCCGUGGAGCGGAGCGAGGUGGACAAGGUGGCCGCCGUCCUCGGCAAGAAGGGCAUCAUCCCCACCAAGCUCGACGUGGAAGGACGCUCGGCGUUUCAUUUGGCUGCAACGCGAGGACACCUAGAGUGUCUCAACCUCAUCCUGGGACACAGUGUUGAUGUCACUGCGACUGAUGCAACUGGCAAAAAUGCUCUUCAUCAGGCUUCAAGAAAUGGUCAUUCUCUGUGUGUGCAGAAACUCUUGCAGCACAACAGUCCAGUUGGAAAUGUGGACCUACAAGGAAGAACAGCUCUGCAUGAUGCUGUCAUGGCCGGCUGCUCCUCAAGCGUGAAACUUCUCUGUGACAGCGGGGCUUCUGUGAAUGCCACUGAUUUCGAUGGCAGGACACCUCUGGUGCUGGCAACCCAGAUGUGUCAUCCACGCAUCUGUCACCUGCUGCUGGAGCGAGGGGCUGACAUCACCACCCGGGACAAACAAAACAAGACGGCGCUGAUCCUGGGCUGCGAGUACGGCUGUAAGGACGCGGUGGAGGUGUUGCUGAAGAGCGGCACCGACGUGAAGGCCGUGGACGGCUUGGGCCACGAUGCGUUUCACUACGCUCGCCUCAGCAAGAACCUGGAGCUCGUUUCGAUGGUCAAAAGUUACCUCGACAAAGCCACCAGAGACAAAGAAACCGCGAAGAUGGAGCAGUGGAAGCGACAGCAUUCAGUGGAGAGAUCCGAGGCAGCUGAGGUCAACAGAAGGGAUCAGAUCAUACAUGACUUGGAGAGGCAGAACGAGACCCUGCAGGAAAGUCUUAGGAAGUACCACCAGGACCAGAGAGCCUUGUUGGAUAAAGUCAACGUGCUGCAGCAACAGCUCACACAGGAAAAGAUCACUGUGGAAGACGCUCAAAAAGAGAAGGAUCAGCUGAAGCUGUUACUGACUUCCAAAGAGAGAGAGGAAGGAGCUCGAGGCCAGGAGACGGUCAAGGUUCAGCUCCGGAGCACUUUGGGGGACUACUCUGGACAGUCCGUUAUCAAAGGUAAAGAAAACAUUUUGGUCAAACAAGCUCACAGCCUGGACUAUGAACAUCUCCCGAAAGCUGCCAUUUCGCGCUCGCUGUCUCGACCUCCAGAGCAGAGUCAUCCCGCUGCAGGCUGGGACGUCUCCGGUGAACUGGAUGCCCUCCGACGUGAACUUGAGGCGGUCAAGAGAAGACAAGCGGCAGCAGAUGAAGAGACGACGCGGCUUCAGACGACCCUGAACCGUAAGAACCGAGAGUGCCAAGAGCUGGUUGUUAGCCGAGACACCAUCCAGAAACAGGCCGACCAGCAGAUUCAAGAACUGGAGGACGCCCUGGGGGACGUCCAGAAGAGGAUGCUGGAUUCUGAGGGUAAGGUCAAACAGCUGCAGGCCCAUGUCGUCGCUGUUAAGGAGCACUUGGGGGGCCAGGCGACGGAAGAGCUGCGAGCUCAGCUCCAGGACGUCAAGGCCAAGUAUGAAGGAGCUUCGGCCGAAGUGUGUCGCGUUCGCAACCGCCUCAAACACAGCGAGAAAGCCUUGGAGGAGUACAAGAGCAGCGAGAGCCAGCUGUCGACGGAGGCAGAAAAGCUGAACCAGGAGCUGGGAGCUGUGACCGCGGACAGAGACGAACUAGCGGAAACCCUUCUGGAAAUGGAAACCCACUUAAAGGAGACCUUGACUAAACACGGCAACACGGUGCCAGCCGAGAAGUUUGACAACAUGAAAAACCUGCUGAGCAACGCAGUUGACGAGAAGGAACGGCAGAUCGCCGAGCUGCGGGAAGACUACGACCGCGUGCUGGAGGAGGUGUCGGAGCUCCAUCGGAAGCUGGACAGUCCGUCGUCCCAGGGAGCACCGGGGGCGAUGUCCGCCGAGGAGCAACAGAAGAUACGGGAAGCCCUCGAAGAGCAGAAUGCCUCUUUGAAAAGGAAACUGGCCGACGUGACUGCCAGAAGCCAGGGUCUAAUUCAGGAGGUCGAGGAGAGCGAGGAGGAGCGGGAUAUACUGCGAGAGCAGCUGGAUGAGCUCAACAGCAGGAUUGACGUCGACUACGUUCCCAUGAAGGCGCACGACGACGCCCGGAGGAACAUGGUCACGGCGUUGGAGGAGCUGGAGGACAAACUGGUGGAAGCCAGCGAACGUUACGGAAAAGCAGAAGGGCGAGUCCAGCAGCUUCAGUCCGAGAGGCCGGCGCUGCAGGAGAACAUCAGCAGUCUGCAAAGCGCCAGCGAGAGACACCUGAGCGAAAUGGACGCUCUGAGAUCUCAGAAUGCCGACCUGGUGAAGAAACGUGAACUUUUGCAGAGGAGAUGUGACGACCGGGACAAAGAGUGUGUGCAGCUGACGGCGCAGAGCCAGACUCUGAAGCAGAGCUUGGAGGGAGAGUAUGUGCCCAGGCGGCAGCACGAGCAAGUGAAGGUGGAGUUGAGCUCCACCUUGGAGAGCGUUAAAGCCGAGAGGUUGAAGUCGGAGACCAAGGGUAAAGAAAGUAGGGAGGAAGUGAGGAGCGUGAAAGAAAGAAAUGAAAAGUUAAAAGAAAAGUUGGAAAAAGUCCAGUUGGAGAUGGAAAAAGACUAUGUGAGCGUGAAAGACCACCGAGCCAUCACGGACGAGUUGAACGCCGCUGUGCUCGAGGCGGAGAAGAGGGCGAGCGAAGUGUCGGGGAAUUAUGUGUUGGCUCGGGAGGAAACGGCGAAGCUUACCCGAGAACUGGAAGCACAGAAGAAAGAACUCGAUACCAUACAGGAGGCUAUCCAGUCCAAGUUUAUUCCACUGACGGCCGCUGAGGAGAAAGACCACUCUCACAGUGCGCAGGUGAAGGAGCUGACGGUCAAGCUGUUGGAGACGCAAGAGAAGUGUAACAGAGAAACGUCUGCAGGGGAGCGCAUCAAACGGGAGAACGAGAAACUAAAAGUCGAGAUGGAGUCCGUUCAACGGAGACUCGACUCGGCUGUAGUUACCAGUGAAAAGCACAAGAAUGUGGAGGAGGAGUUCAAGGGUGAAUUUGAGGGAUUAACUCAGAAGUUGGUCAAGUUGGAGCAGCAGCACGAGGAGGUAACGCUUCAGAAAGAGGAUCUCCGAGAGCAGAACGCCCUCGGCAGCACUCAGAUCCAGAAUCUCCAGGAGCGUCUGAAAUCGGAGUUGACACGGAUUGCGACAUACGACACGGAGCUUAAAGCGCUCCAUGACGCCAUGCAGCAAGCCCAGGCCGAUUGCAAGAAGGCAAGAGAGGCUCAGCAGGAGGAGGCCCACAGGGUGUGCGCCUUGCAGAAGGAGGUUCAGGAGCGCCGCGGGGAUGAGACUUCUCUGCUGCAACAACAAGCCAAGGCCAAGGAAGCCCUGGAGGCUGAGGUCGCAAAGCUUCGUCUGGCUCUCCGCGAAGAGGAGGAGAACGGCGCCCAGAGGGCCGAAGACGUGUCGGCCCUGCAAUCGGAGCUCCUUCGGGCCACGCAGGCUCUCGAGGAAACCGACUACAAAGAAGACCAAAUGAACCGGCUGACGACGGAGAAGCUGCAGCUGGAGGAGGAGGUCGCCAACCUGAGCAACAAGCUUCUGAGUUUAGCGGAGGAGAGCGACGAGGCCCGUCGGCAGGCGACGCAGGCGAGGGACGGCGAGGGCAGAGCCCGGACAGAGAUGGAGGCCGUCCAGGAGAAGGGACGCGCCAUCGAGAGAGAAAUCGGCCAGCUGAAGGAGCGAUACGACAAGUCGCUCACCACCAUCUGUGAUCUUCAAAAGGGGAUUCAGAAAUCAGCUCAGCAGACGGAAACCAAAGACAAAAAGAUCACAGAGUUGCUGACGGAUGUGGAGCGGUUGAAGCAGGCACUAAACGGUCUGUCUCAGCUGGCGUACACGAGCAGCGCGCCCAAUAAGAGACAGACGCUGCACAUCGACACACUGCACGGCCAGAUCAAGAGCCUCCAGCAACAGCUGGAUGAUGCCGAGAGGCAACACAGAGAGGUGGUUUCCAUUUACCGGACUCAUCUUCUCAGUGCUGCACAGGGCCACAUGGACGAGGACGUGCAGGCCGCCUUACUGCAGAUCAUCCGCAUGAGACAGGAGUUUGUGUGUUAAAGCUUCGAAAACUAAAUGCUGCUGCCUGCUGACUCAAAUCCACCAUUUCCACAUCUUCCCCUGCUGUGGCCCCUGUGGGUGCCCUGUGUGUGCGUGUGUGUGUGUGUGUGUGUGUGUGUGCGUCCGCGUGUGUGUUUGUCAUUUGGCAACAUUUCCAAAACAAGCUUCUUCUAAUUAUUAUAAUUUUUUUUUUAGUAUGGCUGCACUUUGGUUCCCAAACAUCAAUGUUGUGGGUAAAAGUGAAUGACCGUAGAUUAAGAUACAAAUUAUUUCAACUUGCGACUGGAAAACUGUCCUUAAAAUGGUUAUUUUCUUGUUUGUUUGUUUUUUUUCUUGGAAGAGCGCAAGGAAAAAUAAUCCGUAGAAUCGCUGAUCCUGCUUUUGAUUCGAAGGUCGCAAAAAAAAAAGUUCAAUUGUUUCAAGUGGACCUUAAAGGCAGAAUGAAAGAAACAAACCAAGAAUCCCUCUUUUUAUUAUUUAUUAUGAAUCCCUCUUAAUCGAAGCUUUCACUCGUGAAACAAACAGCAAGCGACGAAUUCUACUCAUUGAGCCUUUUUGAAGGGCGGUUUCUCCACGUUACAAGUCUGAACACUGAAAUCGGUUAAAUUCGCUGUAAUUAUUCCUCCUGUUGGUUCUGGAUACUAAAAGUCAGUCAACACUCACCUGCAGACAGGAUGUAUAUGAGGAGUUCUUGGUGCUCUUCCACCAAUAGAGUGUAAGAGACGGAGGCUCUGUGCAAAAACACAUUUCAAAGUUUAACCAUUGCUGAUAUAUAUAUAUAUAUAUAUAUAUAUAUAUAGUAUAAUAUGUAUUCAGUGUGCUACUGUCUUUCAAAUGCCCUCUUUUUGUUUGGACAUCGCCAAAGAAUAAGUACAUUUUGCUCUAAAAUCUCUUUAAAGACACCCCUCACAUGCAGUAUGGACAGAAGGAUCGAUAACGGCAUCCAGUAAAUGUUUUGUUUUUGUAUGCACAUGUUGGCAGAAUUGUUUUAAGACUGACUUAAAAGAAUGAACCUGCCCUUUGACCUUGUUCACGUCGGCUACUUUCUCGAGACGUUCGAGUCUCUCUUUACUCAUUUUUUUGUGGCGCAGUUAUCGUCUCCUGGAGGUCCAGACUAGCACUCGUGAUUGCAGACUCCAUCCAAAAAACCUGAAGAGGGUGAAUAAAUCCAAACCUGGACUCGCCUUCUUUUUUUCUUUCUUUUUUUUUUUGCAAUCCGGUAAAUAUGAAUGUAACGACAGCUUUCCGAGUCACGUCGCUCACACAGCUUCAGUCUGGACGUGGCUUGUGCUGGAUUUGAGUCGUGGAGGGAGUGGAGUGGAGUGGAGUGGAGGUUGCAGUGGCACGUCGUCCUUUUUGUUGAACCCAGAGUGUCCUCUAGUGGAGAGACUUGGCAGGCCAAGUUGUUAGAAGUUGUAAUAAUCGGUGUGGC